UAUGGCUUUUGGAGGUGUGUUAUGAAUUGUUUUAUAAAUGUUUUUGGAAUGUUUUUGAAAAUGUGGUUGCUGUUCAGCUUGGUCCUAUCCCCCCCACCCCCUGCCUAGCCCACCAAAAACUAUAGUUAACCUUCUCACCCACAUGGGAGGAGGCUCAUUCAGAUGUGGGUGACAGUGCAUAUGCCCCCCCACCAAACCACUCACAGUCUGGAAGCAGCAAACCCCUAACCCAGUCCAGAUUUCCUCCCCCUUCCCCUGACCAUCCUCCCUUCCACCCCCUGUCCACAGCACUGCACUCCCCUGUAGACAGGCACAGAUUUAAAGUAAAUUAAAUGUAAAGUAAUUUACAUGUAAAUUAAUUUAUUUUAACAUAACCAAGAGAAAACAAAGCAUUCCUAGGUGUUGUUGUCAGCAAUAUAUCCUGCCAGAUAAUCAUGCACAAGGGCUGCCCGACCAGCCUCUCCUUGAGAAUAUUGCCUCAGUCCCUGUGCUGCUGCUGCUACCCAGACAUGUCUCUGUUGUUUGGCCACUGCCUGUUGCACUUCUUUUUCCCAUGACUCCUUGAAAACCUCUCCAUGGCUCUCACAGGUAUUAUGCAGCAUGCAGACUGCUACUACAAAGGGCGUGAUAUUUUCUUGCUCCAUUUUGAGUUGACACAUAAGUGCCCUCCAUUGUCCUUUCAGUCAGCCAAACGCACAUUCCAUGGCCAUUCUGCAACUGCUCAGAUGGUAGUUAAAAACAUGCUUCUGUGGGUCGGUGAUGCUCCCUCCAUAAGACUUCAUGAGCCAGGGCUUUAUGGGGUAGGCAGCAUCCGCUAAUAUAACCUGGGGAAUGGUGACACUGCGGAUCAGUUUCCUUCACACCGGGUGCAUAGUGCCCUUUCUCCACGAGGCCAGGCAGAGGGGAAUUUCUGAACAUGCAUGUAUCAUGCAUGCUGCUAACCCACCCAGUAGAAAUAAUAUUCAUGAACUAGCCCUGGUGGUCCACCAUGGCUUGCAGGAUCAUGGAGGCAUAUCCUUUCCUGUGGGGGAGUCCUCCCACUUCCCACAGAGCGCAGCACUGGGAUGUGAGUGCUGUCUAAAGCCCCCACACUUUUUGGGACCCCCUUCUUAUUAAAGCCAUUUAUGUCUUGCUGCAGAUUCACCAGGCAGAUAAUUUUAUUUGCAGUGAUCUCCUUAAGCAGCUGGCAUACCUCAUGAGUUGCCAGCCUGACUGUACAGGCAGUCACAUCAAACUGGUUCAUGUUGGAGCAGAGACAGGAUGGGCUGGCUAGUUUCAUGAUGGCCAUUGCAACCCUUUUGUCUGGUGGGAUGGCCUGACACAUGUUAGUGUCCUGCCUUGCAAUGUGGGGCCCCAGCAUCAAGACAAUAUGAUAGAAUGUCUUUCUUGUCAUUCAGAACAUCUCCAGCCACUGCUGGUCAUUCCAAGUUGUCAGCACGAUUUGCUCCCACCAAUACAAACUGCUCUUGCCGGCCCACACCAUGCAGAUUCUGGUCCUCCUCAGGUUUUUCAACAGAGCCCGAUCAAAUUCCACUUCUUCUCUUUCCUCUGUGUAUUCCAAGUCCUCUGGGUACCUGUAGCACCUUCUUCUUGUCAUUAAUGCUGUUAAACCAGGAACACAACUUGCCACUGAACACUGUAGCACAGUUCCUAUCCUUCUCAAGAGUUCCAGCAGUAAUUCCCAGGUAAACAGCAUUUGAAGGAGCAGUACUGCCACCUCCUCCUCUUCCUGCUCACCCAUGUUCUCCAUAUUCUCCAUGUUGGAGGACUGUCCACUGCAUUGUUCUCCAUCAUUUUGUCCUCUUUCUCCAUUUUGCCCUUCUCCGUCAGCAGCAGCUUUUCACCCAUCUGCACCAAGCAGGGGGAAGGGACUGUAGGGUGUUGUGUGGUCUGGAGCUUGGUGUAGCUGCUUUUUCAACACUUUACCCCAGCACCCUGGGGCAUUGUGGCUUUUGCACAUCCUUACAUCCUGAACUUAGCAGCCACUGGUGUUCUGAUGUAAUCAAGCAUGCAAACAAAAAAUGUUUCACUUACUCCACUCCUGAUAAUGUAGGCUACUCAAAACUUUUGCCACUUUAGGGGAAAUAGGCUGUGCUUCUGUAAUAAAUUUAUUUUGCACAAGCAGGCAGGUAGGUAUCAAUUUUUGCAACAUUCUGGGCCAUUGAGCAGUCAUCCCAAACUACAAUGGCCUUAUUUACCCUAUCACCAGGUCUUUUUUGUUGUUAAACUGCGUGCUUUGUCACCUUUGGGUGUUUUGACACUUACAGGUAAUGACUUCACAAUUCUUGGAAUUUUCCCAGACCCUCACACAAGCACAGCCUGAGCAUAAAGGCAUCCCUGCAAAAAAUUUGCCAGCCCUUUUUCACAAAUUGCUUGUGUUGUUGACUACGAACUGCUUUGCCAUGUCUCAUAAAGACAAGGUAAGCAGUAUGGAGCUGAUGCCUCAGGACACUGACACCUCCAAUGUCAGUGGACCCAACUGGACCUGGGAAGAACUGGAGGACUUAAUCGAUAUUUGGUCAGAGCAAAGGAUCAUAGACAGGAUGGAAAGUAGGAGGAAUAAGCCUGUUUAUGUAGAGAUCAGAAAAGGCAUGCAGGCAAGAGGGCACAAUCAUGACCUGACCCAGGUCUGGUGCAAGAUCAAGUCUUGCAUUUUACAAAGCCAAAGAUGCAAACUCUUGUUCUGGGGCAGGUCACACAAUUGCCCCCUUCUAUGACAAGCUGUCCAUCAUUCUUUCUAAGGAUAUGGGCAACAACCUGGUUAUGGAGACUUUCAGCACUGGGGUUGGGCAGGAGGAGGUUGCAGCAGUCCCUCUUGAGGGUGAAACCAUGAACAUGUCUCAGCUGUAUGAAGACUACUCCCUGCUCCCGAUGACCAUGAGUGGGAGGAAGAACCUUGGUCACAUUACACUUAAUGCCACUUAGCCCCUCCAUUCCAUGGAGUAGCACAGAUGAUGAAGCAGAGGAGGUGGAGGGUCAAGAAGAAACUCAUGCGGCCAAUACAUCAUCUACUGUUACCAAGACCCAAGAACAUACUGGACCUGGUAAGUGUCUCAUAAUGUGCCUCUUGCCACUGCUAGGCAACCCCCAGGUGGGCUUGGGGGGGCUAGGGAGAGGGGGAUAAAUUCAUGUGUUGCUGUAGUUGGGUUGCCAUGUUCUUUUGAUGGUGGUGCAUGAUGGGUUUGAUAGCUCAUAAUGUAACAACAGACGCCAAACUAAUUCUUUGCUUUAAUUAAUUUUUGCAGCUAGCACAAACAGUGGCAUCCAUGGACCUGUUUCUGAAGCGAGUACUCAUAAGUUUUGGGCAAUACGAGUGGUGCCCCACUGUUGCAGGGUCUGUUUCUGUGCCUGCCAGCAUUUUGUGCACUGCAUGGUGGGGGUGGGUACUUUCCUUCUCUUGAAGGGAAUGCAGCCAUUGAUUUUUUUUAUUUGUUAAUCAUCCACUACAACCCAUGGCUGCUCAGAAUGGUGCCCCACUUGCACUACAGUAGAGCGCUGCAGAGAUUUUCACAGCAAGCAAAGACAGUCCUGUGAAACCUCACUUGUGGUUUUGGUGGACUCCUCACUAGCCAGAGCAGAAUGCACAGAUGCCUGGCAGGAUGAAGCCCAUGAUUUGCUGUGUAAGGAGGAUGCAGUCCUCAAGGAAGUGCAAGACACCAUGCGGAAUUUUGAAAGACGUGGUUGAUAAGUCCCAUGUUGAAUUACAGAGGUCACAGGACACUUUCAAUGAUGCCUUUCAGAGUGUGCAGUAGUACCUAAAUAAAUGGGUACGACACCCAAAAGGGAAAAGUCGGUCCAAGACAAGCAGAGAAUUACAGCUGACCCUGUUCCCCCUAACUCAGUGGGGUCACAGGAGGGCUGUAUGACUGCCAGUAGGGCCAGGAGUGCACCACUGCAUUUCAGGGAGACAGCGGCAGUUCAGGGUCAUGGUGGGGUGAAGACAAAGAAGCACAAGUAACUAUAAUAGUAUGUUGCAAACAAUAAAACCUCAUGGUUUCCUGGCUUCCUGUGUCUGCCUCUGUAUCCACCCCUUACACUGCUUGGUUGUGAAGGUUGAUUUCGUUCAUUGUUUGGGUUCAUUUCUCUCUGUUUUUCCUGCCACUUGCUGCAUGGUGCUGGGGGGGAGGGGUUGGCAAAGGCUGGUGUGUCAAUCCCCAGCAAACUGACUUGUUUUUUUGCAAGCCACCAGCCCUUUGCCAAGUUGCCCACAGGGGCUCAUGCCUUCCCAGGCUUUUUGACACACCUUUCACAACCCUUCCUCGCAUGUUCCAUAGAUGGAAACUUUGAAAAUGCAUUUUUUUUUUAGAUUCUUUUUAUGCUCUUUUCCAGCCAGGUGCCAGGCACUGUCUCCUUUGUUUGGAACACCAAAGCGAGGCUGUGUGUGGGUUGGGGGGCAGUGUGGGGUUUAAGAGCUGAUUUGCUUGCACACAAACCCAGGGACUUUGCAAAUGUUUCUGCCUUUUUUUAGUUUCUGGGUUUUUUCCACACCACAAGGAGGCUGCUGGUGGGGUGGGAGGGUUGCCUCGCUCAAGCGCUAUAACUUGGGGGAGCAGAGAUCACAGUGCGUGUUCACUGUAUUGAUGAGGGAGGUUUGAGCUGGGUGCAGGACGACAGCACAGCGGGGGUAGAGAAGGACUCAUCCCAGUCAUGAGCCUUACCCCUGGAGGGCACAGCAAUGCUAAUCCAGGGUUCAAGAAGACUGCAGCCUGAUCAAGUGGGGUGCAGUGAAGCUUUGAGUGCUAUUUGAUGCCUGCACCUCUGCAACAUGCGACUUGAAAGAGGACAUGGUGACCUUUGGUAAGUGACACCUGACACUUGUCUGUGCCAUGUGUGUGACAGGGUUGUCUGUAGGGAGGCGCAAAUACAAGUAAGCAUCCCAGGCACAGCAUUUUGGGGACCCUGCAGAGAUGGGCGGAGCAGACGGGGUGACUCCUCAGUGCCAUCACCGGCCUCGCUUCCAGAUGCUCACCAACUCCCCUCCCCUACAGCCGCCGCAGCACGCGGGAUCAGCUCUGUGUGUGGGGGGCGGCUAAUUUGCCCAAGGCCCUGCACCAGUAGCAUACCUUGGGUCUCCAGGGGACAAGCACGGGGUGCUGAUGCCCUUGCUUCCAUGUGCACCCCAGACAAGACACCUUCUGUGACAGUUUUAACAAUGGGGGAAGAGAGGGAUGCCAGCAUCAUGGAGUGGUGGUGCCCCCUUUGUACCUGCCAAUGGCUCCCCCUUCCAAUCCAUGCUGGGAUGGCUGCGCUGCCCGCCACUGUCAGUAUGCCACUGCCCUGCACCCUGAUAGGGUCAUCUCUGGUGGGGGAUGCAUUGUUUAGUUCAAAUUUAUUGUAAAUGGGGCUGGUGGAAUUUUAUGAGCAUGAAGGAAGGUACGUGAGGUGCACAAGAGACACCAAUAUAAAUUCCAAUGCUCCCUCCCGGUUUUAGAUCCCCUUCCACUGCUAGCUGCAGGAUGAUCGAUCCCUGUUGGUGUGACAAGAGGCAGAAAGAGAAAGGAAGAAAGAAAAGAUGAAGAGGAUGACAACACUUCCUUCAGGAUUCUCUCAACAACUGAAAUAGCCAUGGGAAGUGCGACUGUGGGAAGUGCAAAUGUGAUGAAGGCUGGUAUGGUGAAGCUUGUCAGUACCCAACUACAUGCAACGUUACAAGGAAGAAAAGCAAUGAAAUGUGCAAGAAUUCUCAAGAUAUCAUCUGCUCUAAUGCAGGCACAUGUCAGUGUGGCAGAUGUAAGUGUGAAAACUCUGAAGGGAAUGGUCUAAUCUAUGGUAAAUUUUGUGAAUGUGAUGACAGAGAAUGCAUAGAUGAUGAGACCGAAGAGAUCUGUACAGGCCAUGGAAAGUGUUACUGUGGAAACUGUUACUGUGAGGCUGGUUGGCAUGGAGAUAAAUGUGAAUUCCAGUGUGACAUCACCCCCUGGGAGAUCAAGAGAAGAUGCACAUCUCCAGAUGGCAAAAUCUGCAGCAAUAGAGGCACAUGCGUGUGUGGUGAAUGCACAUGCCAUGAUGUUGACCCAACUGGUGACUGGGGAGAUAUUCAUGGAGAUACCUGUGAGUGUGAUGAAAGGAACUGCAAAGCUGUCUAUGACAGAUAUUCUGAUGACUUCUGUUCAGGUCAUGGACAAUGUAACUGUGGAAGAUGUGACUGUAAAGGAGGAUGGACUGGAAAAAAGUGUGAACAUCCGCGUUCUUGUCCGUUAUCAGUUGAAGAAAGCACUAAGAAAUGCCAAGGAAACUCUAAUUUACCAUGUUUUGGAAGAGGGAAAUGCGAAUGUGGCCAAUGCACUUGUUUCCCUCCAGGAGACAGCCGAGUUCAUGGUAAAACAUGUGAAUGUGAUGAUCGACAGUGUGAUGAUAUGGCUGGCAAUGUCUGCGGGGGCCAUGGCACCUGCUCUUGUGGUCAAUGCAUUUGUGGAACUGGAUGGUUUGGAAACUUGUGUCAGCAUCCAAGGAAGUGUAACAUGACGGAGGAAGAGAGCAGAAGUUUGUGUGAAUCAGCAGAUGGCAUAUUGUGCUCAGGAAAGGGUUCCUGCCACUGUGGAAAGUGCAUCUGUUCACCCCAGGAAUGGUACAUUUCAGGGGAAUUCUGUGAAUGUGAUGACAGAGACUGCGACAAACAUGAUGGUCUCAUUUGCACAGGCAAUGGUGUAUGUAGCUGCGGGAACUGUGAGUGCUGGGAAGGAUGGAAUGGAAAUGCGUGUGAAAUCUGGCUCGGGACAGAAUACCCUUAACUACAACAAAGAACAUAACGGACUGAGGGUUGUUUCAUGUGUUUUGUUUGUUUGUUUUUUAGGCUGCUAGAACACGUAAAUGCAAGGCAAACGACAUAGAGCAACCACUAGAAAUACCCAGACUGCAUCUGUAUUUCAGAGCACCCUACCAAGGGCCUGCUUCUGUUCCUAUAGAUGCCCAUGACAAAUCUAACAUUGCUUCAGUGGGAACAGAAUUUGGCCAUAAAAUACUUAAAGUUGUUAGCUCAAACCCUAUUGGAGUUAAUGGGAAUUUUGCUUAUAGUCAAAUGUUUAUAGUCAAAUUAAAAUCGGCCUUAAAUAGUGUUUGAUGGAAGUAGCACAAAAGCAGUUUUUUUACAUAAUCUACUUUCUUUUUCCAAUCUCAGUGUUGCUACAUAAUAACAUUAAGAAAAAAAGCAUAUAGCUGAAUAUUUGGCAAAAAGAAUUCUGAUGAAUUUGAUAGUGUUUGUGAAAUAUUUCAUUUGACCUUUGAUUCCCUUCUAUGCUGAUUAUGUCAGGGCUCCAAUAACAAGAGAAGCUGUAAAUUGCUCAUCAAAACCUUAAUGCUUUUAAUUUUUGUCUGAGAAUCGUAUUUGUCUAACUGAGAUUCAAAUACCUAUGCACCACAUACAGUAGAUCAAUGACAGAAGUUAUGAAACCUGACCCCAUUGCUAGAACAGAGCACAUUUUUUAAACACAUAAUUUUGUGGCUUCUGUGUCAGUAAGCUGGUUAUUUAGUCUUCAUACUCCAAUACUCUGAAAUGCAUAUUCUUUAAGAUUAUAAAAAAAAUUAAAAACAGAGAAGAUAAACUGUAUGAUUUGUUAUUUUGAAUAAAUAUAUUAACUUGUAUGUACUUUCAUCAUACUGUUUUAUGUAUGUUCACUUAUCUAGUAAGCUUAAAAGUAAAGCAAAUGAAAUGUUAACUUUUAGGAUGCCAAUUCUGUAUUCUAUUAGGACUUGCUGCUUAGGAACAGAUUACAUUGUCACAUGUGGUAUCCAUUGAAUUUCACUAUUUUUGUGCAAAGCGGGAGUCGAAAGGUCAACUGAAUUGGAAAGUCAGUUAUAUAGUAUGGAAGACGGGAAUCAGCCAAACACACUUAGAGGAUGGCAAAAAAGUAUAUAUGUUUUAAAACAGUAAAUACAAACAGUGCAGUGGAAUGAACAAAUUUUUUAUUUUUUUCCAAUGGUGAAAUGCUCAGUGUGAAAUUCACAUUGAAUUAUGAAAAAAAUGCACAAGUGUUGGGACUUCCCUAAUUUAUUUACAUUUCCUUUUCUUUUUUGUACAUGUAAAUUUGGCAGCCCUUUAAUUUUUCAGAGCAAAAAAAAUACAUACAUUUUCUUUUCAAAAGUUAGUGAUUACAUUUCAAAAGUAUGACUAAGCAAUAAAAAGACUUCAAUGUUUCCUUUAAUAUCAAACUGUAAUAUUGUGUUGUGAUUUAGGGAUCAUGGUUCAGUCUGUUAGAGAGAUGCAGGACUCAGAACGAAGGAACCUGGUUUUCAGCUGAAAAAAUGUAUUUCCAUCAUGACACUAGAAAUUUAUUUUCUUAUAGAAAGGACUCAGAUGAAAUAGGAAAAGACAACAGUACAGAGCACGUAAUAGUUAUAAGCAUGAAAACGUUUAAUGCAGUGACUGAAUGGUUUUCAACACAUUUUCAUUGUGUUCCCACUUUUAUUUUGUUCCCAUUCUUUAUCUUACCUGAUCAUCUUUUUUUCUAAAAGAAAAAAGAAGACAAAGAAGAAGAAAAAGAAAUGCUACUUCUCAGGGAGACAACACAGUCACCUCAAAAAGUCUUUGCAUAACACCGGCAUAAUGAGAACCCCCCCUUCCCCACCCCCGGCCCAAAGCUGCUAUUGUUAGGAAAUAAGGCAGAGUUCUAAAAUGUAUUCAUACAGUAUAAAGAAAAUUUAAAGUAAAAUAAAUAUUGAAAAAAUAGUUGGGAUUUUAUAGCUCUAAUCUUCAAAUUGUGUAGAGAGUAACAGGAAUGACUAUAUUUGUUUUAAUAUAUAUGCAUUUUACCAACCCUGGUCUUUUGACUGGUGACCAACAAGUUUGUUGGUUUUAUUUAUUCCUAAAAGUAGUACAGAUCUAAAAAUAAUCAACAUUUUAUGGAAGUGGGUGCUUCUACUGAGUCAAAAUUUUAAGGCUGAAGGCAUAAUUAACUUCCUUCCUUCCAUUUGUAUGCAGUACUGAUAAUAGAAAAUAGACAAUUAAUAUUAUUUUCCAAAAUUUAAUAGAUGUUUUGACUGGUUUGUUUCUAUUACACGCAGAGAUAUGUAAGUACAGUAGAUAGGCAUGAUAUGUCAAGUACUACAUUGGAUUGGAAAAGAUGUUCCUAAUUGGUGUACAGGGCUGUAAAUUACCGAAUAUGUGAUUGUCAUAUAUAAUGGUUGAUGUAUUUUACUUUGUGAUUUGGGUUAUACUUUUCCAUUAAGUUUGUAAACUAAAAGAAACAUAAGUAAUUCUGAUGUCUAGUAGGAAAAGUUUAAAACAUUUUCCCAACUAGUUAAUUUUAAGUUUUAGGAACAGGGUGGAUUAUAUAACCUUAAUAUUUCAAAAAGUCUUAUCUGAAUUGUUUGAUAAAGCAAGUAACUACAGGGAAAUAUUUUUAGAAAAUGUUGACAGAGUACCUAUGGUUAAUUAGAAUGUAAAUUAUGAAAGCAACACUGUACUAUAUGCUUUACAAUGUUUACAAAGACUACUAAAAUUGAAAUGGAUAUCUUUUUACCUUUACAA